AACUGUUCCAUCAAUAUCCAUCUGUCACAAUUUCGGCAGUGCAUAACUUGCUGCCAGCCAGCGAGCAGUUCGCCGUACCGACGCAUAGAGUGCUCGACUGCCCUCAAAAUCUCAACCCAUGCGCUCCUUCACUUUCUUCAUCUUCGCCGUCCUUGCUCUCCUCUCAACUGUGCUCGCAUGGGAGAAGGAAGACCAUGAAAUCUUCGACCUAGUCAGCGCCAUAGAAGCGUCAGAGGGCAAGGGGACCACUUUUUACUCGUGGCUUGACGUGUCUUCAACCGCUUCAACUCCCGAAAUUGCGCGCGCGUACCGGAAAAAGAGUAUGGUUUUGCAUCCCGACAAGAACCUGGGUGACAAAACCAUCCAUGAGCGAUUCGCCAGGCUGGGCGUCGUCUCUACCAUUCUCAGAAACAAGGAAAGCAGGGAGAGAUACGAUUUCUUCUACAAGAACGGGGUACCUGUCUGGCGAGGCACUGGUUACUACUACUCACGAUUCCGACCUGGCCUCGGGAGCGUCUUCAUUUUCCUCGUAUUCGUCACCUCUACCUUCCACUAUAUGGCUCAGCGUGUCAACUACAAGAAUGACCUGGAACGCAUCGACCGAAUUGUCAAGGAAGCUCAAUUAGCCGCUUGGGGACCGAAGUUGGUGCCCAUUGAUGGUCAGCGCAAGGUCAAAGUGAAUUUGGGUGGGCAGGGAAGCCAAGGCCGACUGAUUGACAUGGUAGUGGACCUGGAUAAUGUUUACAUCCUUGACGAUGGAGAACUGCAUCUACUUGACUCCUCCACUGCGACAGUGCCAGCAGUAGCGAACACUUGGUUCAUCGCACUUGUCCGCUCGCUUUACGGCCAGGCCGUCUCCAGCUUUUCUGGUUCAGAAUCUGCUAUCGCGGCUUCUGCUGCUGACGGCGACGAUACGUCAUCGGUAUCCGAUGGUCCUGGCAGCGGGACGGUCACACCCAAGGACGAGAUGGCUUCAGGCAAGCAGCGCAAGAGAAGCACACGUAAACGGUAAACUGGUGCAUGGUUCAACAUGGGAUAAUUAUCUGUCGCGAUGUAAACUGUUGGACUCUCCUUCGCGUCAAAUCCUCUGCUCGAGUCUUUCGACUUUUCGAUCACGUGUACGCGUCUCGAAGGCCAUUUGCUGUCUCAGACUAUUGCAACUAUGGUUCAUCUAGAGUCAUAGCUCUGCCUUAAACCAUCAUGCCUUCAAAGUAUGAUUCGUCUCCCUCGUGCGCGAAAGAUUCAACGAAGGAAGCACUACGCUUUCACAGUGCAAUUGUCAAUCGCGUCAAUUUCCAAUACUGCCUCGGCUUGAACAUGGCUGCGACGACUGACCGUUCGUAUUGUAUACGCCCUCUUUUCAUUAGAUUCCACAAUCUCGAAGGAAUUAGGGAAGAGAAUGCGAUGCUGGAUGCUUUCGUGGAACAAGAAUGUAAACUGGGAAUCACAACCAAAGAGCAAGUGAACGUGUAUCGCGCUCGCGCCUUCUUCAAGGUAAGAUUAUGGAACUCUGCAGAGCAAGAACAACAUGUGUGUGUUAUGAAGACAUAUGAAUAAAGACAGUGGACUAAGGUAUGGAGCAUGGGAUACAUAAUCAACGAGCGCAGCCAAGCAGGAUCAACCGGCAUAUACAGUCAAAUCGGGGCAACAAGGCUGGUGGAUCCCUUGUCCUCAACGCUGCUUCGGGUCUCUGCAAACAGAAGCUCGGAUCAGCUCGAGGCAAGACAACGCUAAGCCGACUCACCCCUUGCGGUGAGCAGACUGCGCAUGCGACGGCAACUGUUCAUGCGAGUCGCUAUCAUAUCAUCGAACAUGUGCAAGAUGUCUUCGGGUCUGGCGGGGCCCAAUCGGUGUUCCGGGUAGGCAAGUCGAGGGCAGGAGGGGAUGCGGUGAUGACGCCGGCGGGCCACUCCGUUCAGCUUUAGUUCCAGCGAUCUUAUCUGUCUGCGCCAGUGCAACCGGCGUACGGCCGCCGACUUGAUAGAUUUCAAAAUCGGAGAAUCUUCUUCCUCUGGUUUAUCGUCGGACGACGGCGCCUCUGGUUUAUCGUCGUCAAGUUCGCCCAUGUCUGACUCGUCGUCAGAGUCCAUGGAGACGUCAACACGCCAGGUUUCGACCCAAUCAAGUUGUUUCUGAUAGAACGAGGCAAGGUCUUCCAGCCUCGUGAGCAGACGCGUGGAAGCAAGGGCGGAAGAGGCUGAGGUGGCCGGAGCACAGGUCAUGGCUGAAGAAAGCGGAUACAAAGCUGAACGGAAAAGCGGGGGGCGAAACACGGAUGGGGAGUGCAAGAAGGCCGCCAUGGGGUGCUUAAAAUGCUGUCCGUGUGUACGGUCUCGGUAGUUCCACAGGACAACAUGGUCGUCUAGGCAGAGUCCAGCCAAAGCGCGUGACGGGACCAAUUAGGUUACUUGCUCAUGAUCGCGUCGGCUUAUGUCAGCGGACAACUAUCAAAUGUGGCUUGCGAAGUUCCUCGUCCUCGCACCCUUGGUCUGGGCUGCAGACUCCUCAUUCCGCGUAUUCCAUCGGAUAUACGAGCCCGGUAAGCCGGAAUCGCCGUUCGUUGCGCGGGGCACUCUGCAAAUCGGCCAACGUCUCUCGUUCGAGACCGCGCCAUCGGUUGCGCAGGAUCUGCGCGAAUUCGCCGACCAAUUCGAGAGCCUCGCUGGGGCCUUAUAUCAGGUCGCUCUAGAGUUGGAGUAUAAUGAAGCGUCUCCCUCUGGUAGCUGGGAUGCAGUCUCCUCUGUGAAAGUCUGUCAUUUGCAUCAAGCCACUGCCGAGACAUUCCUUCUCCACACAACUCCCACCGGCGAACCGUACGCUCUAGACUACUUUGUUACUCCCACCCCACACAAUGGCGCGUGCGCGAAGAAAGUCAAGAGCUCGGCCCCUCUGCUUUCCUUCGCUGCCAAUAUCGUCAAUCUCAACUCUUCGGUCGUGAUCAAGUCACCUAAUUUGCCCCCAUUAUUGGAGUUGAAGGCUCCACAGCCAGUGACUCCCGAGGGAGAGCCGGUCGUGCCGGUCCCAGAGAAGACCCUGUUCCAGAAAUAUUGGUUGUAUGGCGUCGCGAUCCUUAUUGCUCUCUUGCUUUCCGGUGGAGGAGAAGAGGAAAACGCGAAAAAAUAGAUGUUAUCACAUUGCAUUUGUCGUUCUACAUACUUCUCUACGCGGCCCAGACAUAUCAAGCGUCGUUCGUCCAGAUCUUUGGCAUCUUCUUCCUGAACGGUUCUAGAUU